UUAUAGGUUUAGUUGCGCUUUUCAUUCUUAAAUUACUUCAAGUACCACUUAUAUUAUUUUGGGGUCUAAAAUUGUGAAUGCCAUGUCCAGUAUAUAUGAUAUAUUUCGUAGCAGCCAACUUGGCGUCAACUAUAGAAGUAAAAGACUGUACAGCCACCGCAAUGUUAUAAAGCUUUUUGGUCUUGACUGUGAAAAAGAUCUCCAUUCUGGUUGUGUGAAUUGUCUUGACUGGAGCGAUAACGGUACUCUUCUAGCCUCAGGGUCAGAUGAUAGAAAAAUAGCUAUUUAUAACUUUUACUCGGACAAAAAGCUGAUUACUCUUGGCACUCCACACUUGCAAAACAUAUUUGGGGUAAAAUUUUUUCCCGAAAAUAAUAACUAUUUAGGAAGUUGCGCUGCAGAUAGAAAAGUUAUAAUAUAUGACAUAGCAGAGCAACGCGUAGUGCACAGUUGUCAAGAACACGAAGACAGAGUGAAGAUGCUUGAAGUUCUUCCCAGGGAUUCCAGAUCUUUGAUUUCUUGUAGUGAAGACGGAACUGUUCUACAUAUUGAUUAUCGCUCUCAAGAUGUGAAGACUCUUGUUAAUUUAAGAAAGACUUAUAACACCAACUUAAACUGCGGAAACAUCUGGCGUACCAGUGUUUUAACCGAAGUGAAGUGCAUCAACAUUAACAAGUCCGAUCCCAACUACUUAGCCGUUGGAAGCAACGAUGCAGUCGUUAGAGUCUACGAUCGACGAUUUAUUCGCGAUGCUCUGGACACAGUGGAAACAUUCUUACCUUUGGAAGUCAUUAAGAAUCGUUUGAGGAACGAGAGGUUUUAUGUCACGUGUGUUUGCUUUUCAGAGGAUGGUAAAGAGCUUCUUUGCAGCUAUGGAAACGACCAGAUCUACUUAAUGGAUUUUAGUUACGGAAAGAAGAGUGAUGCUGAGAAUGCUGGCCGUUUGUAUAGCAGCUCCGCAUACAACGUGUCUCCCGGAUCCACGGCAGCUGGUGGUGGGCACUCGCAUCUCUCGCUUGAACCCCUUAUGAAAAAGAUACUCAAUAUUCAGCGCUGUCCAAAGACAGCUUCUCUCAAGAACACAAAUAUAUCAAACAGCAGCAUUUUUCCGCCCAAUGCCUCUACAAGCACCGUUGCGCCGUCACUAGAAAAGUUGGCAGACAACUAUCGACUUCAAGGAAAUUCCGCGUAUAACAAGCACGAUUAUUCGCUUGCUAUCCAUCUGUAUAGCAAGGGAAUAUAUCUGAAUCCCCAUUCCUCUAAGUUACUUGCCAAUAGAGCCACCGCCCUUCUCAGAAGGAAGUGGAGAGGAGACUGCUUGGCUGCACUACUAGACUCCCUGAAAGCAAUUAGCAGCGACCCCCAUAGUUCCCGAAGUUACGUGAGACUGACGGAAAGUCUCUUCGAACUCGACUUAUUAGAAGAAGGCAUAUUUGUGGCGGACAUUGCUCAACAGAAAUUUCCUAGUGGUAAUUUUUUUGAAAACACUUCGGCUAAGAUGAAGAAAUGCCUUCUGAGUUCCCGGGAAAAGAGAGAAGGCAAACAUAAACAAAGCGUUGAUAGGUCAGUUAACUUAAAAAGCGCCGGGCGAGGAGCUAAUCCAAAAAAGAGAAGCGCCGCGAGUUUAUCUCCGGUCCAUCAGAGGGACUCGAGCGCAACUGCCAGCUGCGCUAAGACUGAAAAUAUUACCUCCGACGACGAAGAGAAUAGCGUAAAAGCAGACGAAGAGGAGCACAUAGACAAUACCAUAGCGCGUUUGGCAGGCGCUUUAUCUGGCGUUCUCUCUCUGCUCCCGAAGGCCAGAUACUUCGGCCACUGCAACGUCGACACCGACAUCAAGCAAGCGGUGUUCUACGGCAGCUGUAUUAUGGGGGGCAGCGAUGACGGGCGCAUGUUCAUGUGGGACAAGGGGUCUGGACUCCUGCUUGGUGUAGUAAAAGCCGAUCAAUACAUUGUAAACUGCAUUCUGCCCCAUCCCUGGGACCCCGUUGUAGCCACCAGCGGUAUCGAGAACAAUGUUAAGUUUUGGCGUCCUAGCAGUAAGCCCAUGGUCGAGUUUAGAACGUCAGAAUUACUUUAUGUCUGCAACCAGAAUCAAGGCCAUCAGGAAGAACUUCGCGAAAACGCAACCAGAAUUUUUUCUGUGCAGGAUAUUUUUCAAAGAGCAGCUGCAGAAGGUGCUACUAAUGAUGUCUUCACCGUUAAGUUCGUUUCUUAAUUUUAUAAGAUCUACAGGGAACAUAACAUGCACGACUAGUUGAAAAUUUUGUUAUUUACUUU